GUCGCAAAAUUAACACAAUCAUGGCGAUGCUUUGUAUCAGAAAGUUUUCAACGAUUCCAGUAUUUGCAUAGUCAUGUUGCUACCUUUCUAGCAUCCAGAGAGAGAAUAACACAAAUCAGCUCAAYCAAAGGAAGUCUGAGUCUCAGUAGUGCGAUUUAAUCGAAAACUUUAUUUUUGAAGAGGUCGGAACGACUUCGGAUGCUUUAAUAAAGAGGUCACGAAGAUCCGAGGAGUUCCGUCGGUUUCCGAAUGUGACGUCAGAAAAACAGAGGAGAAAGCAACAUCUAAAUCAGGAAUGAAGUAGUAAUGGCGAAAAUUYACUGUCAUUCCCUACUUUCGGGGAGCUCUUGGAGUUCCUUCGAAGGGGAAUCAUCCGAAGAAGAGGCAGAAGCCAUGGAAGUGGACGAAAACAAUACUUUUGGUCCCAGUGAAGCCACACAUUUGCGAUGUGAAGAUAUGAAUUUGUAUGGUUUAUGUCCUGCACAAGAAGAAGUUCGUUUGGUAAUUUGUAAAGAAUGCAAAAGAGUAGUCAAAGUUUCUACAUUUUCAAGGCAUUGUGCGCUCUUACAUCAAAAAGUCAUUCCACCACCAACCCCAUCGCCAGAACUCGUAGAAGACAGUACGACAGUAGAAAUCCUUCUUGAGUCGGAACCUAAGACCUCUAGUCCCAGCCAGGCGGCAAUUAAAAUUGAAAAGCUUGAAAUUGAGGACAGUUCAGUGAAAAUAGAAGAAGUUCCACUAACAGUYCCCAAAGCAAACCAUGCCAUCAUUUCCAAGAAAAUCCAAAAUGCAGUAMAUAAUGCAGCCAUGAAAAAGUCUUCAAGUACUAACAGGAAAUCACCUAGAAAGAUUAUACCAACAAGAGAAAGGGAGUUUGAUGCCGAUAAACACUGUGGUGUAUGGGUUGAGGAACAGAAGAAGAGAUGUACUAGAUCAUUGACUUGCAAGACUCAUGCGUUAUCUUUAAGACGUGCGGUACCUGGUCGACGGAAAAAAUUUGAUGAGCUUUUAGCAGAGCACAAAGCAAGAGCGAACUGUGAGAAAGAGCAACAGCAGCAAAAUCUUGCAGCUCUCAAGCUACUAGAAUCAAAGAACACAGACAAAAACAGUGUGCUGAAGGGAAAUGGUUUGAUAACGGAGCAGACAUCAAAGCCAUCAAAUGACAAAAAUUCUCAUACUCUGCGGUUAAAUUCCAGCGAAGUUUCAGAAGACACAUCUGGUGUUCCACAGAAGAAUAAUGAUGGAGARAGUGAUGGAAUAGAUGAUGCUGUAUCUUACAAUGACCUUACAUCUUUAAACUACCAUCCMAAACCCUUGGCGACUUGUACAUUUGGAGGCAGGAAAGUUGGUCAUGGUGCAGUAAUCUUCAACAGGAGGCAGGAUCACUUACGCUGUGCAAUGUUGGCUAUGGUAGAAAGGUGCUUAAACCCAUCACAACAAAGACACCCUUCAGGAAGACCAGGAGCUGCAGCGAUUCUUCACAGGCCAUCAAUCAAAACCAUAGCACAAUCAAGUAAYCAUGGAUUGUUCAAAGGGUCUUCAACAUUGGGAGAAAAAAAGAAUCAUCUAGGAUCRGGCAGAAAUUUGUCCAAUUUUUUGAAAGCUCCUCCGCCACCCAGAAAUAGAUCUAUGAAACAUAACAAUGUACUCCAUAGCAAUCAUUCAGUGAAACACUCAGUCGACACCUCUACUGGUUUUGCUACUUCUAGGACAAGUAAUAGUAAAAAUGUUAUGGAUUCUUCAACCAGUAAUAUUACGGCUGCRGCAAGUGAAGGGAGUGGUUUUCUUAAACCUGACGCUAGCAGUCAGGCCAUAAGUGAUAUUGGAAACAUUAUUGCAAGUAUUGAUGGAAACGUUUCAAAUGGACAACCAGUUGUAAUAAGUCAAACCCAAGGAAUUAAUUCACGGACAACUUCUGGAAACCUUCCUUCUGGUGUUAGUGUGAGCUUGGACUCAAAUUCGUGCUCUAAUCUCGGGGCUAAUAGUGAUGUGUCUAUGACUGGAACAAGAACUGCUUAUACAACAGUUUAUACAACUAUUAAUAACAGCAGUAGUGUAAAUACAACACAGGGGGGAAAUGUUAAAGAAAUAUUACCAGCACCUUUGAGCAGCAAAGUUAAUGGUGUUUCAGGUGGAACAGUCUCUCCUUCAAAUGCUGUGGUUCAGAUUGCAGGUCAACUGGACCCAAGUUUAGGUAAAGUUGCAGUUACAAGCACAGGUACACAAAGAGAGAGCCCUGUAUUUUUUACGACUCAGAAUUCUGGUAAUGUACAAAUGGUGACUUCUUUACCAAAUGGCACUGGUCCCUCCCCUCCCCCAAUAGUAACAAGUGUCAAGGGAUACCCCCUUAGUUUUGUUAUACAGGGAAGUUCAGGGAACAAGGCUGGUACRGCAGUAGCUGCAGUUGCUAAUCAAGCUGCUGUCGGCUUUACAAAAGGACAUAGUUUGGUGUUUAAUAAUAUGGGAAUGGCACAAAUGCAGCAGCAGUCRGGACAUAUUAUUGCACAACAGCCUACUUCACCUUUAAAGCAGCAGCAAGUACGACAAAAGGGUAAAGUUCUUUUGCGAGCAAACUCGUACCCCARGGCAAAUAACAAGACGUGCGGUUCACAAGGAAAGAUACCACAAUCAGCAUCAUCUCAGCAGCAACAGCAACAACUCUCACCAGGACAAGUGCCGUCACAACAAAAGACAAUCAUCGUCACAAGUCCACCUCCAGGACAACAGAAUUUGUAUUUGAACCACCAGCAUAUCCCAAACACUUCACAGCCUAUUGUACAACUCAAGCAACAAGUGGAACAGCAACAACAACAAUUACAACAAAUCACUUUACAACAACAACUUCAGCAACAACAACUCCAACAACAGCAGUUACAACAACACAAACAAAUAAACUCUCAGUUUGUGAAACAACAACUACCUAUUCAGCCACGCCUUGCUCCGGCACCUCAUCCUCCAUCGCAGUCAUUGAUAACCCAACAACAGAUAAGUGGUCAAAAUAUUGUUAUUAAAGCUGCGGACCAGCCAUUGAAGAGCCCUCUGAACUCUGUCUUUGUAACUACRGACUCACACCAAAACAUACAAACUGCAGUAAAUCACAAGCCUCAAUCAAAUGUUGCUUGAUGCUCCAGGAUUUUGAAUAUUUUUUGAUGYAUUUGUAUGAGUUAAUGCUUGUUUUGAUAAAGAAUUUAUCACUGAAAUCUUCUUACUAUCCUACCUCUCAGUGAACGGCUGUGCACAUAUAUAAAUAUAUAUCUAACUAUUAAUAUUUCACUUCCAAUGAACUUCUUACAAGAAUACACAUCACAGGAUUUGAACAUAAUUCCAUCAAUCUGUGAACAUUUUCUAAUCACAAUAAGAAUUUGUCAAGGUUCUAUUUAUAUCAUAAUAUACAAAAUGCAGCWUGCUUUUUCGUCUAUAAUAUUAAUAUUAAAGGCCUGAUUUUUCAGGGAACAACUAUUAUUCCAUCUGCUACUGUUCUACUGCACUCAAAAUUGCCGGGGGGG